GAUAACUAUCGCCACAUUAUGGGUUUGGCUUCCUAGCUUCUGCUUCUGGAAAACAAGAUGACAAUGGACAUGAUUCUUGAUGCUUCACUUGUUCCGGCUUCAGAAGUCCUUUCUCGGAUUGUGCAGGCCAUAGUUGACACAGUAAAUGCCGCCAGAGUUGUCCUCAUUGAAAGGGAGAGUUUUGCUGAACUCUCAACUUACUUGGAGAGGAUCAUUCCUGUCCUAACAGAGUUGUUCAUGAAAAACAUCAAUGCCUCAGAGAGCUUAAAAAAUGCUGUUGAGGUUCUAAGUCGGGAAAUCAACGUUGCGAAGCAGCUCAUUUCGGACUGCAGCAAGAGAAACAAGGUCUAUCUUCUAGUAAAUUGCCGGAAGAUCGUUAAAUGCUUAGAGAACACCACAAGAGAGAUCAGUCGGGCAUUAAGCCUCAUCCCUUUGGCCUCACUGGAUCUCUCAUCUGGUAUCACUGAAGAAAUCACCAAGCUGAAAGAUGACAUGCUAAGAGCAGAGUUUAGGGCAGCUGUAGCAGAGGAAGAUAUAUUGGAGAAAAUAGAGUCAGGAAUACAGGAGAGGAAUCUUGAUCGUUCUUAUGCAAAUAAUCUGCUGCUUCUCAUUGCGGAGGCUGUCGGGAUUCCAACUGAACGCUCAGCAUUGAAUAAGGAAUUUGAAGAAUUCAAAAAGGAAAUAGAAGAAACAAGGCUGAGGAAGGACCUGGUUGAGGCUAUACAAAUGGAUCAGAUCGCUGCAUUGCUUGGAAGGGCUGAUGCUGCUUCAUCCCCUGAGGAAAAGGAGAUCAAGUAUUUCAAUAAGCGUAUAUCUUUAGGUAGCCAACCACUAGAACCUCUUCAGUCAUUUUACUGCCCAAUCACUAGGGAAGUCAUGGACGACCCUGUGGAGACUUCCUCUGGACAGACAUUUGAGAAAACUGCUAUACAGAAGUGGUUUGCAGAGGGGAACACCAUUUGUCCCUUGACCAUUACCCCAUUAGACACAUCAAUUUUACGGCCUAAUAAAACUCUGCGACAGUCGAUUCAAGAAUGGAAAAAUAGGAACACAAUGAUUACAAUUGCUUCCUUGAAAACCAAACUUCACUCAGAGGAUGAGCAAGAAGUGCUUCAUUCCCUCAGCCAGCUGAAGGAACUUUGUGAAGAAAGCGAUUUGCACCGCGAAUGGGUAGUAUUGGAGAACUACAUUCCAAUUUUCAUUACACUUCUUGGUGCUAAAAAUCGCGAUAUGAGGAACCAUGCUUUGGUCAUUCUUCGCAUUUUGGCAAGGGAUGGUGAUGAUAACAAGGAAAAAAUCGCUCAUGUAGAAAAGGCCAUUGAAUCUAUUGUUAAGUCACUUGCACGUCGUAUUGGGGAGAGUAAGUUAGCAGUAGCAUUGCUUUUGGAACUGUCAAAAAGUGAUGUGGUACGUCAUUACAUUGGGAAGGUUCAGGGUUGCAUACUCCUCUUGGUGACCAUGACAAGCCAAGACGACACCCAAGCUGCCAGAGAUGCGAAAGAGCUUUUGGAGAAUCUCUCGUUUCUUGAUCAGAAUGUAAUACAGAUGGCAAAAGCAAAUUAUUUCACACCUCUGUUGCAGCGCCUUUCUUCAGGACCUGAAAACAUCAAAAUAAUCAUGGCAACGACUUUGGCAGAAAUGGAGUUAAGUGAUCACAGUAAAUCGACUUUAUUCGAAGAAGGGGUGCUGGGACCACUUCUUCACUUGGCCACACAUGUUAAUGCGAAGACAAAGGAAGUGGCUGUUAAAGCUCUUCAGAACCUCUCAACCUUACCACGGAAUGGCUUGUGGAUGAUCAGAGAAGGUGCAGUUGGCCCACUGCUUGACCUCCUCCACCGUCAAAGCUCAUCUUUCCCAAGCUUGCGAGAACAUGUAGCAGCAACUAUAAUGAAUCUUGCCAUAUCAACUGCAACGGAAGAAGCCAGUCAGACAGAACUGUCAUUGUUGGAAUCUGAUGAGGAUAUUUUCAGACUAUUUUCAUUAGUUAAUUUGACGGGACCUGAUGUACAAAGAAGCAUUUUACGGACUUUUAAUGCGAUGUGCCAACCCCAGUCUGCAACAGAUUUAAGAUCUAAACUUAGAGAGGGCUCAGCAGUUCAAGUACUGGUUCAAUUAUGUGAGCUUGAUAAUGCACCUGUACGAGCAAAUGCUGUGAAGCUGUUCUAUUGCUUGACAACAGAUGGUGAUGAUGACACACUGUCAGAGCAUGUUGAUCAGAGGUGUGUUAAAACCUUAUUCAGGAUCAUCAGAACUUCUAAUGAUAACGAAGAAAUUGCUGCUGCACUUGGUAUCGUUGCUAACCUCCACAAGAACCAAACCCAAAUCACUCAGUGGCUUUUUGAUGCUGGGUCACUUCCGGUCGUUUUCAGAUUCCUUAGUGAUAGAAAUUAUACUGGUUCAGGUAAAAACCAUCUAACUCAGAAUGCCGCAGCAGUAAUAUGCCGUUUCACUGUUGCAACAAAUCAAGAGUGGCAGAGGAAAGUGGCGGAAGCUGGCAUUAUUCCUGUGCUGGUACAGUUGCUGGACUCUGGAACUGCUUUGGCAAAAAGAUAUGCAGCCAUUUCACUCUCUCAGUUUUCAGAGAGUUCAAUUAGGCUGAGCAGACCAAUAAAGAAACAUGGCGGAUUAUGGUGCUGGUCACCCCAACCUGAAACUGCCUGCCCAGUGCACAUGGGCAUAUGUUCUGUGGAGUCUUCGUUCUGUCUUUUGGAGGCUGGUGCGGUGCGACCCCUUGUGAGGGUGCUUGGGGAGCUAGAUAUUGGAGCCUGUGAAGCUGCUUUAGAGGCACUGAUGACAUUGAUUGAUGGUGAAAGAUUGCAGUGUGGUAGUAAGGCGCUUGCUGAGGCAAAUGCCAUUGCAACAAUCAUUAGGUUAUUAGGCUCUCCUUCUACCCAAUUGCAGGAGAAAUCGUUGUCUGCUUUGGAGAGGAUUUUCCGGCAGGUGGAGUUCAAGCAAAAGUAUGGGGCUUCAGCUCAGAUGCCAUUAGUAGAUAUAACUCAGAGGGGAAACAGUGUCAUGAAAUCUUUGGCAGCCAAAAUAUUAGCUCACUUGAAUGUGCUUCAUGAGCAGUCCUCUUAUUUUUAAAGUAAUCGGAACAAUAGGUACAUUGGAUAGUCAAGGAUGCCCUGAGAGAAUAUUCUUUGCCUCAAACAAAGAGUAUUCUUACUAAAAUGUGUUCAGUUUUGCUUUGCAAGAAAAUCAAGCAGCCGAAGGGGCGGAGGUCCUCAUAGCAUUUGUACUGAAGCUUCGAUUGAGAAUUCGGGUUAAACAAUGUACAAUAACUCAAACUAGUCCAUCCAUAGCAAGCUCAUUAUUAAAAAUAGGGUAAGUUCGAUUCUUUUCUGUAUAUUAUUGACCAGAAUAUACUUUAUACAAAAGGCAGUGACAGCGUAUGGUUCUUUGCAAUCAGGGCAUUUGUAUGUAUAAGUUGAAUUUGGGGUAAAGAUUCUUGAUUCUUGUGAUUCUACUUGUAAUGAAAAUUACCGUUGUAUUCUUUUCCA